GUGUUGAAUGGUGCUGAUGCUGCGAGUCAGAUCAACCACGAUACGGAUUGAAAGCGUGCUUGUGGCAGCCUAAACGGAAUUAAACUUUCGUCUUGUUUAUUUCGUCAUUAGGUCAUCUCACGGUCAGGAAAUUGGAUCUGCGGCGAAACGUGAAUCGACUGUGGCUACAGGUUUACCACAUCAACGUCCAAAGGUUACCAGCUGGUCAUCGACGAACUAACAAUGCGCAUCGUCGCCUGAUGUUUUGAAGAGGCUGCGCGCUUGGGUUUUGAUAUUGAAGUUGAUUUGAUUGUUUGGACUGGGCAAAUAUGGCAGAUGCAUCUGAAUGUUGUGUAAAAGUAAUGUGUCGAUUCAGGCCAUUGAACCAAGCGGAAAUAUCACGAGGGGAUAAAUACACUCCUAAAUUCAAAGGGGAAGACACGGUGGUGGUUGCGGGCAAACCGUACGUGUUUGACAGAGUGCUGCCGCCCAACACAGAGCAGUUGGAAGUGUAUGAGAACUGUGCCAAACAGAUCGUCAAGGAUGUGCUUGGGGGUUACAAUGGAACCAUUUUUGCCUACGGCCAAACGUCAUCGGGAAAGACUCACACCAUGGAGGGAAAGCUGCAUGACCGCAAUGUCAUGGGAAUCAUCCCUCGCAUCGCUGCGGACAUCUUUGACCACAUCUACUCCAUGGACGAGAACCUGGAGUUCCACAUCAAGGUGUCCUAUUUUGAGAUCUACCUUGACAAAAUCCGAGACCUUUUGGAUGUGUCCAAGACCAACCUGGCUGUACACGAGGACAAAUUCAGGGUGCCCUAUGUAAAGGGCUGCACAGAGCGCUUCGUGUCCAGCCCAGAGGAGGUGAUGGAUGUGAUCGAUGAGGGCAAGGCCAACCGCCAUGUUGCCGUCACAAACAUGAAUGAGCACAGCUCCCGUAGCCACAGCAUCUUCCAGAUCAACAUCAAGCAGGAGAACGUGGAGACGGAGAAGAAGCUGUCCGGAAAACUCUACCUGGUCGAUCUGGCCGGCAGCGAGAAGGUCAGUAAAACUGGGGCAGAAGGCUCGGUGCUGGACGAAGCUAAAAAUAUCAAUAAGUCCCUCUCUGCCCUGGGGAACGUCAUCGCCGCCCUGGCUGAGGGAAACAAAAGCCACGUGCCGUACCGAGACAGCAAGAUGACGCGUAUCCUGCAGGACUCCCUGGGGGGGAACUGCAGAACCACCAUCAUCAUCUGCUGCUCCCCCUCCGUCUACAAUGAGGCCGAGACCAAGUCCACACUCAUGUUUGGACAGAGAGCCAAGACCAUCAAGAACACGGUGUCUGUGAACAUGGAGCUCACCGCAGAGGAGUGGAAGAAGAAGUACGAGAAGGAGAAGGAGAAGAACAGGGGCCUGAAGAUCGUCAUCCAGCGCCUGGAGAACGAACUGAAACGCUGGAGGAAAGGGGAGGCCGUUCCUGUGGAUGAGCAGAUCUCCGCAAAGGAGCAAAAGAACUCUGAGACCACGCCCCUGAUUGACACCUCAGCUCCACCCCCUCCCCCUCUGUUGGACACGGAGAAGACCCAGUACGAGGAGCUCAUCAACGACCUUUACCAACAACUGGACGACAAGGAUGAUGAGAUCAACCAACAGUCUCAGCUGGCUGAGGAGUUGCGGCAGCAGAUGGUGGAACAGGAUGAGCUGCUCGCGUCGUCGCGUCGUGACCAGGAGAAGGCUCAGGUGGACCUGUGUCGUCUGCAGCGGGAGCACGAGGCCUCCAAGGAGGAGGUGAAGGAGGUGCUGCAGGCCCUGGAGGAGCUGGCCGUCAACUACGACCAGAAGAGCCAGCAGGCCGAGGAGAGGGGCAGGAGCAACGAGCAGCUCAGCGAGGAGCUCGCACAGAAGAGCGCGUCCCUGUUGGUGGUGGAGAGGGAGCUGGUCCAGGUGACAGAGCUGGGGGGCCACCAGAAGAAGAGGGCCGCCGAGAUCCUCAACCUCCUACUCAGGGACCUCAGUGACAUCGGCAGCGUCAUCGGCACCAGCGACCUCAAGAUGACGGAGGUGAAUGGCGUGAUAGAGGAGGAGUUCACGAUGGCGCGUCUCUACAUCAGCAAGAUGAAGUCAGAGGUGAAGUCCCUGGUGAACCGCAGCAAGCAGCUGGAGAGCACUCAGCUGGACACCAACCGCAAGAUGGAGGCCAGCGAGAAGGAACUAGCCUCCUGCCAACUACUCAUAUCACAGCUGCAGGCGAAGAUCAAGUCUCUGACGGACUACAUGCAGAACCUGGAACACAAGAAGAGGCAGCUGGAGGAGAGAAAUGAUGCCCUCACCGAGGAGCUGGCCAAGCUGCAGGCACAAGAAAAAAUGCAUGAGGUUUCUGUGAUGGACAAGGAGAAGGAGCACAUGAGCAGACUUCAGGACGCGGAGGAGAUGAAGGCGACCCUGGAGGAGCAGAUGGAGGGCCACAGGGAAGCCCACCAGAAGCAGCUGUCACGCCUCCGAGACGAGAUCGACUCCAAGCAGAGGAUCCUCGACGAACUCAAAGAUCUGAACGAGUCACUGCAGCUGGAGCAGAAGAAGCUUCUGUCUGACUGUGAGAAGCUGAAGCAGCAGGAGCAGGAGAAGGACCAGAAGCUUCAGAAGCUUGUUCUCCUGAAUGAGAAGAGAGAGCAGGCCAAGGAGGACCUGAAGGGGCUUGAGGAGACUGUGGCUAAGGAACUUCAAAUGCUUCAUAACCUACGGAAGUCGUUUAUUGAUGAGCUCAAUACUCGUGUGAAAAUGAGUGUAGAGCUGGAGUGUGAUGAGGCUGGUGGCAGCCUGGCCCAGAAGCAGAAGAUCAUCUUCCUAGAGAACAACCUGGAACAGCUCACCAAGGUCCACAAGCAGCUGGUGCGUGACAAUGCGGACCUGCGUUGCGAGCUGCCCAAGCUGGAGAAGCGUCUGCGGGCCACGGUGGAGCGCGUGAAGGCCCUGGAGGCGGCGCUGCGGGAUGCCAAGGAGAGCGGCAUGCGCGACCGCAAGAGGUACCAGCAGGAGGUGGACCGCAUCAAGGAGGUGGUGCGCAACAAGAACAUGGCCAGGCGCGCACACAUGGCACAGAUCGCCAAGCCCAUCCGGGCAGGGCACCACCACGGCCAGCAGGGCUCUCCCAGCAUGGGCCACGGCAUCCGGGGAGGAGCAUCCCGAGGCCACCCUGCUCAGCAGCAGCACCACCGUCACCAGUCCCCGCAGCAUCAGCAGUCUCCGCAGCACCCACACCCCCAUCACCCCCAGCAGCACCAGAGGCAGCAGCAGCAGCAGCAGUACCACCACCACCCUAACUCCCAUCACCAACAGCAGCAGCAGCAGCAGCAGCAGCCUCAGCAGCCACAGCAGGCCAAAUAAGAGAAAAUCAAGAAUGCGGACGUCAACAACUACUCACAACACUUGCAGUCAAACCUUCUCUCAGCGCAGAGAUCAGUGCUCCGUCCCACUAUUGCCUUUUUGUAAACAAGAACUUUAG